AUGGCAGGAGCUGUAAUCCCUGAGAUUGAGGUGAAAUCCUUUCUGGUCCAUGGAGAGAGGUUCAUUAAAUGGGAUGAUGAAACUGGAGCUGGAUUGCCGGUGAUUAUGCGGUUAGAUUCGCAAGGACACUAUCUAUACUGGACAUAUCAAAAUAAGCAAAUCGAGAGCCUGGCAUUAACAGAUAUCCGUGACACAAGAGUUGGCAAGUAUGCCAGAGCCCCCAAGAAUCCUAAAAUCCGUGAACUUUUCGACGUGGAUAAUCCCAACUCGAACUUCUACUCCAAGUGCCUGACCGUGGUGGCUGGCCAGGAUUUUCACAGCCUGGUGUUUGAAAAUUUUGUUGCUUUCAAGGUGAACGUGGUGAAGGACUGGGCAGCGGAAAUCCUGAAAAUCGCCACCCAUCCUUUGACCCACAAUGCCUCGAGAUUAUCCACAAUCAACAAAAUGUACACAAGGAUAAAAAUAUAUGUGAAUGAAGAGAGAAGAAUCCCAGUCAAAAAUAUUUUCCAGUUGUUUGCGGCUGACAGGAAGCGGGUAGAGGCUGCACUGAGUGCCUGUAAUCUUCCGACUGAGAAGAAUGACACAAUCAACCCUGAAGAUUUCACAGAAUCGGUCUUCAAGCAGUUCAUAACACAGCUGUGUCCUCGGCCUGAGAUUGACCAGAUCUUUGAAUUAAUGGACGUAAUGGUAAAGCCAUACUUGACUCGGCAACAGGUGUCUACGUUUAUAAACCAGAUACAGAGAGAUGCCCGUCUGAAUAAUUUUCUUUUCCCAUUAAUUCAACCGGAACAAGCCCAGAAGCUGAUAGAGAAGUACGAACCAAACAAGUCAAAUGCAAAUAAAGGUCAUUUGUCACUGGAGGGCUUAUGCUGGUAUCUGUCUGGCCCAGAAAACAGCUUAAUAUUCCCUGAAAGGCUAACCGUUUAUCAGGACAUGACGCAGCCUCUGUCAUGUUACUUUAUCAAUUCAUCCCAUAACACCUACCUCACUGCCGGGCAGUUCUCUGGGCUUUCAUCCCCGGAGAUGUAUCGCCAGGCCCUCCUUGCUGGGUGUCGCUGUCUGGAGCUUGACUGUUGGAAAGGCAAGCCUCCCGAGGAGGAGCCCAUCAUCACACACGGUUACACCAUGACAACGGAAAUUCUGUUCAAGGACGUGAUCGAGGCCAUAGCAGAGAGUGCUUUCAAAACCUCCCAGUACCCAGUCAUCCUCUCCUUUGAGAAUCACAUUGACUCCCCUAAGCAGCAAGCUAAGAUGGCAGACUACUGCCGGACCAUAUUUGGAGAUAUGCUACUAACAGAGGCUUUGGAAAAAUAUCCACUGAAGCCUGGAGUUCCUACCCCUAGUCCUCAGGAGCUGAUGGGCAAAAUCCUCAUUAAGAACAGGAAGAACCAGGUUUUUGAUAACAGAAGCCAGGAAACAAAGAGAAGGAAGAACUUGGAACCAGCAUCUGGUGAAACAGUGAACAUAGGUGAAGCUGAAGAAGAGUCGUGUGAAAACGAGGAGGACCAGGACAACAUUGACCAGGAGGAUGAGGAAGAACAGAAGAAACACGAAUCUGAUGAGGGGACAGCUGGCCAGGAAGUGAGAGCAUAUGAGGAGAUGUCCAGUCUCGUCAACUACAUUCAGCCCGUGAAGUUUGUCUCCUUCGAACUCUCCAAGGAGAGAAAUCUAUCCCAUAUAGUCUCAUCUUUCACGGAGACCAAAGCUCUGGAUCUGCUCAUGAAAUUCGCCGUAGAUCUUGUGGAAUACAACAAGAGACAGAUGAGUCGCAUUUACCCCAAAGGGUCGAGAAUGGAUUCCUCAAAUUAUCUGCCUAAUGUCUUCUGGAACGCUGGCUGUCAGAUGGUUGCUCUCAACUUCCAGACGGCAGAUAUCCCCAUGCAGCUGAACAAUUCAUGCUUUGAGUUCAACGGGCGGUGCGGCUAUAUUCUGAAGCAUAAGCUGCUACGUUGUCAGAAUAAGAAGUUUGACCCUUUCACUGCUGAACAGAUAGAUGUUGUCGCACCAAGCUCAUUGUCCGUUUUGAUUAUAUCUGGGCAGUUUCUGUCAGAUCGGAACUCAAGAUUCUGCGUUGAAGUGGAAUUGCUUGGACUCCCCAAUGAUCCUAAGCAGAAGUUUAGAACAAAAUUGUCCCUUGAGCAAAAUUCCAUCAACCCUCAGUGGAGGGACAAGGAACCCUUCCUUUUUGAAAAGAUCCUUGUGCCAGAAUUGGCUUUUGUAAGAAUUGCCACAUAUGAAGAAAGUGGGAAAUUCAUUGGACAGAGGAUUCUACCAGUUACUGCUGUCCAAACAGGAUAUCAUCAUAUUGGCCUGCGGAAUGAAACUAACCAUCUGAUCAGCAUGGCAACACUAUAUGCUUAUAUUGAAGUGAAGGACUACGUGCCUCACACCUGGGCAGAUUUAACAAAGGCGUUGGCUGACCCAAUAAACUUCAUCCGCAGGAUGAACAUCCAGACAGAGCUGGAUUCACCAGCAGCUUCUAGAGAGGAUGUCACAGAGGAGAAAGCAGAAAUGCAGGAGAGUGACAGCGGAGCAAUGGACCCCAAUGAAGCACUCAGUCCUUCUAAUCCUACUUGCUCUGGUCUUGAGGAAUCUUCCAAGGAUGCUCUAGAGCUAUUGACUACCAAUGAACUGAAGACACAGAAGGCAUAUAUCAAAAUGCAGAAAAGGCAUGAGAAAGAAUUGAAGGAGUUGGAGAGGAAGAUUCAGAAGAAGAAAAAUGAAGUGAUCCAGAAAUAUACCAGCAGCUUUGCAGAACAAUGCAAGAAAAAGCAAUCAUUUAACAAAUCGUACAAGAAGAAAUGGAGUUUCGGUAGUACUCCCGAGGGUGGUCUUCAUGAUGCUUUGAGCACUGGGCCAGAGGCUGAAAAAUGGACUGAGCUCAAGAACAAUAUGGAGGCCGAAUUAAUGCAAGUUUAUACAGAGCACUAUGAACUCAUCAAGACCAAGAGAGAGCAGCACAUCACUGAGCAAAUGGCCAAACUAGUGGAGCUAACAAAAGAAAAACAAGCAAUUGAACUGAAGAAUUUGAAAGAUGCAGGAGAAAGUGAAAUGAAGGAGAUAAAGAAAAGGUUGGAGCAGAAGCGACAGGAGAAGAUUGAGGCAAUGCUGAAAAGUACAGCAGACAGGAUUACCCGGGAGAGGCGCAAGAAAGAGAUCGCUGAGCACCAUAUUCAAGUGUCGGUGAAAGAAUUCAAGCAGACUUUAAUGAAUCAGUCGAAGCUAGAAGACAAACUCCAGGAAAAACAUGCAGCUGAUUUUGAACAAAUUAAGGAAAAGGAAAAAGAGUACCAUCAGGAGGUUCAGAACGAGUAUGAAGCAAAAUUGAAGGCCUUGCCUCAGGAGAUAUCGGAACUGAUCUUGAAUACCAAGUUCACCCAACAGCUAGAGAAGUUGCACUGUGAAGGUGCAGUGUGCAGUCCAACAGAAACAAGAACAUGCGAAUUGUCACCCAUACAGCCUGACGAGGUGACAGAGGACCCAGUUCCUGGGCUAACUCAACAGUCUAAGGAUGGCCUUCAGGAUGUCACUUUGUUAUAACUUAAUACUGAGCUAUCAAUGAUAUCUGGUCAGAUAUGAUUCAUGUAUGCAGUGUUAGUGCUAGAUUGCCUAAUAGGGAGAUCAGCUGACCAGCUGUUUUCAGUCUGCUUUACCAGUGCAAUGUUGCACCUGCUCAUCGAUCUUGUGUAUUAGUUUAAGGAGGUUGCAUACCCAGUUUGUUGGGGAAUAUAUAUUCCAGUAGAGAUUGAUACAGCUUAAUGCAGGGUUUGAAAACAGUGUGACCUAAUUCUAUCCAAUUCAUAACAUUUCUUUUCGAUAUUUACUUAUCUUUUCACCAUUUGGUUAACAGCUUCCUAUCCUGGUGAACUAAGCUUUUCUUUUACCCUUUAGUGCUAGAGAUCUUACAGUAAUGUCACAAAAACUAGUAAAGAUGUAGCUUUAUUGCAUUAUUGAUGUUACAAAACAUAUUUAACAAAUAAAUAAAUUAGGAUAUUAGGGCAAAAAUGUCUGCUAUGUCAAAUGAUGGACUGAAUAGGAAAAGGCAUAAAAAGGAUAAUAGGAGGGUGUUCUUUUGGAGAGAAGGCAAAGGGUGAAGGCAAAAUGGUUCCUUUAUGUUCUAAAAUUCUGAGAUUCAUUUUGAAUGCUGGUGUCACAGGUACUUUGGGUUUUUUAAAUCAGCUUUUUAAUCUUACAAAUUACAAAUCCACUUACUGAACGUGUUUUCAUUUUUCAUGUCUAGAUCAAAGAGUAGGUUUUCAAACAAAGUAGGCAAAAGAUUAUGUAUUGCCCACCACAGGCAGUGUCCACUGAUUAUACGAGGAUAGGACUGUGAUGUUCACUCCUGCAGGCAGAUAUCUUAAACAUCUUUACUAGAAAAGCUGGACUGCACAAAAGCUAGAGCAGAGAUUAUAGCAUCACUAUGAAUAUAGAACAUACCCUUACUUUCAAAUUAAUUUGAUGUGACUCUGUAAGCAUAUAGUUGAUUUUUAGAGUUUGACUGAAUCCUACCUGUAGAUGCUUCUGACAAUAAAUGUUAUUACUCAAGUGUGUGUGAAAAUUUUAAAUUUAUUGAACAUUGUAGCCUCAGCUGGGCCUAUUUAAUGUGAACUCAGACUUUUAGCCAUUAAGCUCACUAAGCUGAGGUUUGGGGUGUAGCACCAACUGAUCUACUUGGUUCAUAAUAAAGACAUUGAUGGGUAAGGGGGGGGGCAGGAGUUGUGGUUUAAAAGGUGUAUGAUAUUCAGGUUACAAUCAUGAAGAGCACGUGACAAUAACAUGAGUAAGUAGCAAGCAUGUAUUAACGUGGGCAAUGAUGAACUUGGUAAAGGUAAUUUUGUCAGCCUGACCAGCUAAAGAAGAUCUCCUCUAAUUACCAUUGACCAAGCCAGGAUGGUGGGAUUUAAGUUGUUCUUUACCAGAGCUGUGAAUCAGCAAAACAUUUUGAAUGAGGGAUUAUUUUCUUGAUAUUCAAUUCCACUAAGGAAGGGGAAAUAUAUUACAAUAAUUUUAAUAGCUAAAAAGGGACUAAAAAGUUGACGAAACUCCAAUUAGAAAAGUUACUUAACUGCGAGGGAAAUUACUUGCUGAAGACAACAAAGGAAACUGCAAGAGCUGUGUCCAUGAUGCAAGUAAACUGUGGUUAAAUGGGUUGGGGCUAAUCUCAAACAUCUGUGGAUUUCAAUAAGCACUUAAAUCUAACCUAACACUCCAAUGCAUCACUGUUGGAUGUGAUCUGUUGAAUAAUGUACUCAAUUAAUGUCCUGCAUGUCUUUGUACUUGGACAUAAAAGGUAGCAGCUCUAUUUUGAAGAUGAACAAGUUAUCCAAGAUGUUGUGGCCAAUAUUUAUUCCACAAUGUCCACUAUUUAGAAAAACAUUCUUUUUGCUCAUUAGCAUAUAAUGAUUGCGGAAUCUUGCUAUGUGUAUAAUGACUACUUUUUCCAAAAUGAAAUAGCAACUACAAUUCAAAACUAGUCAACAGGGUCAUAGAAAAGUACAGGCCCUUCAGCCUGUCUAGUGCAUACUGAAGCCAUUUAAACUGCCUAGUCCCAUCAACCUACACCCAGACCAUAGCCCUCCAUAUGCUUAUCCAAACUUCUCUUAAAUGUUAAAAUCAAGAUCGCAUGCACCACUUGAGCUGGCAGCUUGUGCCACACUCUCACGAACCUCUGAGUGAAGAAGUUUCUCCUUAUGUUUCCCUUAAAUAUUUCACCUUUCACCCUUCAUGCUGGACCUCCAGUCGUAGUUCCACCUAACUUCAGUGAAAAAAGCCUGCUUGCAUUUACCCUAUCUAUAACUCUCAUAAUUUUGUACACCUCUAUCAAAUCUCCUCUCCUUCUCCUACGUUUGAAGGAAUUAAGUCUUAACCAAUUCAAUCUUUCCUUAUAACUCCAGUCCUCCAGUCCUGGCAACACCCUUGUAAAUUUUCUCUGUACUCUUUCAACCUUAUUUACAUCUUUCCUGUAGGUAGGUGAUCAACACUACACACAAUACACCAAAUUAGGCCUCACCAACAUCACAAUAAUAUCCCAUCUUCUGUACUCCAUACUUUGAUUUAUGAAGGCCAAUGUGCCAAAAGCUUUCUUUGCCACAUUCAAUGAAUAAUGGACCAGUAUACCCAAAUCCCUUUGUUCUACCACAGUCCUUCACGGUGUAAGGCCAACUCUGGUUGGUCCUACUGAACAGCAGCACUUCACACUAGUCUGCAUUAAAUUCCAUCUGCCAUGUAUCAGCUCAUUUUUCCAGCUUGUCCAGAUCCCACUGCAAGCCACGAUAGUCUUCCUCUCACUACACCCCCAAUCUUUGUGUCAUGUGCAAAUUUGCUGAUCCAGUUAAUCACAUUAUCAUCCAGGUUAUUGAUAUAUAGAUGACAAACAACAGACCCAGUACCGAUCCUUGCAGCAUUCCACUAGUCACAGGCCUCCAGUCAGAGAGGCAACCAUCUACUGCUACUCACUGGCUUCUCCCACAAAGCCAAUGUCUAAUCCAAUUUACUACCUCAUCUUGAAUGCCAAGCAACUGAACUUUCUUGACUAACCACCCAUGCAGGACCUUGUCAAAUGCCUUGCUGAAGCCCAUGUAGAUAUGGGUGCAGCUCAAAGUUGUAUGCUUAGCCCACUGCUCUACUCUCUCUACACUGACUUGUCACGAGGCACAACUCAAAUGAUAUCUACAAAUCCGCUGAUGACUCCACUAUUAUUAGCAGAAUUUCAGAUUCUGCCGAAAGAAGCUGCUGAAGGUUGUAAAUCUCGUCAGCUCCAUCUUGGGCACUAGCCUACAAAGUACCCAGGACACCUUUAGGGAGCAGUAUCUCAGAAAGGCAGCGUCCAUUAUUAAGGACCUCCAGCACCUAAGGCAUGCCCUUUUCUCACUGUUACCAUCAGGUAGGAGGUACAGAAGCCUGAAGGCACACACUCAGCGAUUCAAGAACAGCUUCUUCCCUUCUGCCAUCCAAUUCCCAAGUGAACAUUGAA